UCACACAUAAUUCACACAUAGCUCUUUCCGACACAGCUAGAAGGGGAAGUGGGUGCAGCAUCACUCUCUGGUUAAGACACAGAUGAAGACACAGCACAUUCACAGAGCGGGACAGAGACAGUAACAGUGUGUAACAGAACAGGAGCUUUAAUAUCUUUUUAUCUUUUUGAAGUGGAGUUGGUGUGGAGAUCUGUGAGUGUGAACUCAGGAUGAAGAUCCUCUUCAUCUUCACCCUCUGUCUGAUCUCAGAUGGAGGAGCCUCCAAGGAAGUAACAGGAUAUUCAGGAGGAGGAGUCCUUAUCAAGUGCAAGUAUGAUAAAAAAUACACACAAAAUAAAAAAUAUUUCUGUAAGGGUUCAUGGCCAGGCUGUUCUGACCAAAUAAAGACAGAAGCUAAAAAUGAGUGGAUAAAUUCAGGAAAAUUCUCAUUGUUUGAUGACACCAAAUCAGCAGUGUUCAGUGUGAUGAUCAGAGAGCUCACUGUACAGGACACUGGGACGUACCAGUGUGGAAUUGAUAUAAGUUUGAGUAACGACGUUUACGCAUCGGUGGAACUGAAGGUAAAGGAAGAUCUGUCCUAUGAGAAGUCCAUCAGUGAGACUGUCCAUGUAGGAGGAGAUUUGAACUUCAGCUGUAAAUACCCAGUAUCCCUCAGUGGCAACAAGUUUCUCUGCAAGAGGCUGCAACCUGCUGAUUGUUCUCAUAAAGCAUCUGUUAAAGAAAGCGGGAAAGAUGUAAAUAUGGGGAAGUUCUCCCUGUAUGCUGACAGUGCAAAACAAAUCUUCAAUGUGAGUAUUAGAAAUAUAACUAAGCAGGACUCUGGUGAAUACUGGUGUGGAGCUGAAGCAGCCUGGAAAUCUGAUCAUGGAUACAAGGUUUAUUUCACACAGAUUAACCUGACAGUUACUGAUCAACGUGUUUCACAUUCAACCUCGACACCAACACAAACUUCAUUACCACCAUCAUCAUCAUCAUCGUUAUCUUCAUCAUCUGACCUUAUACAAGCUUCUCCUCCAGCAGGAUUUCCAGUUUUCACUGUGAUCACUGUGUCUCUAAUUCUGCUGCUGCUUCUGAUAGGACUCAUAUUCCUCACUUUGACUCUACAAAAGAGACGCAAGAUGCAAGCAGGUACAGCUUCUCUUGACCAGUGUUCUGUCCAAAAUUCAGAAAAUGACCAAGGGGUUCCACUUGCUGUCUAUGAGUAUGAGGAGAUUAACGACACCAGACGCCUUUCUAUCUCAGUUGCUGGAACGUCCACAGAGUUCUCUACUGUUCAACUACCCACAAUCCCUUCUGAUCCUCAAACUAUUUAUGCAAACACAGAGUUACCCACAAGUCCCUGUGAUUCUGCUGUUUAUUCUACUGCUCAACUACCCCCCUCCUGAUCAGGACAUCUACUCCACAGCUCAGUUACUCACAUGUCUCUCAGCUGAGAAAUUUGACUUGCUGAAGGUCUGACUUAUGCAACAGUGAGUUUUUACUCCAAUGCCACUAGCUCUAAUAAUGCAGUUCCACAGAUGAAGGAAGACGUCUCUUCUUACUAUGCUUCAGUCAGUCACGUUACUUCAUCUGUUUAGUUUAGCAUCAUUAGGGCUCCAAUCAUGUGUCAUUUCAUGUGUCAUUGGAACUCUACUGUUUUGUUCAGAUAGCCUUUCACUUUAUACAAUGAAGACACCUUGUUCUUAUUCUGCUUAUUCUUUAAAAUGAUCCAUUCCCAUAGUUUGCACCCUGAGCUAAUCUACAUGAUAUAAGUAACCUAUGGGUUUUAAUCUGAAUUACCUGAUAACUGCUGGCCAUUAUCCUCACACCUUGUUUUAUGCUGGAGGCUGUUAUUUCCUUCUGUAAGAGUGAUAAGAGCAGUUCAUUUCUGUUCACAUGCCAACAGCCCAAAUGUAUCAGGAGGUAUGUGAUGGAGCUCUGUCAGGUAGCCAGAAUCCUGCAGGCAGUGUUAAAGACCAGUCACAGUCACUGGUUGAAUGACUGAUCCUGGUGGUUUUAUGCUUCCUGAAGAUGUUUCUGCACAAUGGGGCCUUCACCUGUAUGUGUUCCUGAAUUCAUGUGGGCCAGACUGAGGAGGGCAGUGCUAAUACGUGAGCUAGUGAGUCUCAGACGCAGAUCUUUUAAUUUUUAUUCUGAUGAAAUUAUAUUCUAUCCCUCUUCAGAAAAUCUUCCUUCUUCAUGUAACAUGUUUUGAUAUGCACAUGAUUCUGACAAAUCAAUGAAUCUGCAAAUUAGUCUAUGACAUCAACUGGUGACUUCUAGUGGCUUUUUGAGCAUGCAUUAGCUACUUUCCCCUGCAAAGGUGUGGCAAAACUUCUCUCGGGCAAAAUGUAGACCCUGACGUUAGAGGGAAAUGAAGUGUGUCUCAGUGCUCAGUGCUCGGCAAACUGAAGUGCACUCGUGUGGAAGUUUCUCUACACUCUUACUCUUUUUUAAUGAUCACGCUCACUGAUACUGUUCUGUGCCCUCAUAUCUGCUGUUCUCCAGCUCUCCAUUUCAUAGUAGAGAUACUGCUUCUGCCAAGUGUGCUUAGUCAGAAACAUAUUAAUGUGUAUUAUUGCUUUUUUAUUUGAUAACUGAUGUAAUAUUAUUGAUGUAUUGAUGUUGAAUUAAUUAUGCACUGUUCAAUGUUGAUCUCAUCGCCAGGACAUUAAAUAAUAAAAAACUUAAUAAAGUGCACAUAGUGUUUCUAAGUAGCCAAGAAAGUAGUAAGUUAUCAUCUGAGGUGUUUAUUUAAAUCGUUACAUUUUGCAGUAGCCUGUAUUAUUCAGCUGCUACUAUGAAUUAUUUUUAUAGCAAAAGUAUGAAGUUACAAGAGUGAGGACUGUAAGUCUGGACCAGACAACAAAUCCUUUAUUUG